AUGUCUCCCGCCCUGUUGUUGCCCCCUAAGUCUGGGUCAGCCUAUACUAUCGUCCUCCACGGCAACGACGCAACUGGAAAAUCUACUCUGGUUCCGGCUCUCAGGGCAGCUGGUGAGGUUGUUUAUGCUCGUGGGGACGAGGAUCCUACAUUAGAAGAUGAUAUCAUCGUUAGAAGCUUCGACAAACUCACAUUACAACUUGUCGACGACGAUCGUACCUCCCUCCCUACAUCGUACACAGAUAGAGAUGGGAUUCAGCGCAGAAUCGUGCGGAUAAUUCUUGAUGCUGACCUCUCUGUCCUUCAAGGGCGGCUCACGAAGCGGUCGAGCAUAGACAAGUGGGAGACUGAAAAAUCUCUCUUCUACUUCCGCGCGCGAUUCCUUGAACUAGCUGCGUUCUACGGCUUGCCCGUCGUGGACACGGGAAAUAAGGGCGUUGACGAAACUGUGUCUGAGAUUAUUAGCCUCGCCCGCAAUCCCAAGGUCCUUGCGGUCUUCUCUAUGCUUGCCUUGCGCACACUAACUCCUAACGACGUUGCCUCCUUAGCUAAUCGCCGCGCGGUGAUUUCAGGAGUAGACUACACCCAGCGGCUAGAAGAGAUCAUUGCAAUCGAGUGCGGCGAGACGUCCAUGUUUACACCUGAAGACGUUUAUGCUCAAUGCUCCCGCGACCCCGGCCUCGUGCAUGCGCUUGUGAACCACUAUGAUGACUUACACGAUGAAAAUGCCUCCCUACGCCUUCGCCUGGUCGGUGAAGGCGAGUCGAAGCAAAUCUACAAGGUCGAGACGUCUCUGACCCGUCACUUCGACAAUCAGAUUCUUAUCUUCCUUAAGCCGACUAUCUAUUCGCACAGCAAGCAGGCGACGGCAGAAAUUGGAGGUCUCAGUGCAAUCCGUGCAACUGGCUCUCGUCUCUUCCUUGAGAUGCUCCAUCGUGCAGGAAUCAGCCAUACGUACAGAGGCCUGAACACGCAUGGGCUUAUCUGGGCCCACAGCACUGAGAUUACGCCGAUUGAGACCGUGUACAAGCAAGUUUGCACGGGAACAGACAAGCAUUCCUUCUUCGGCAUACUCAGCGACUCGAGCGUUACAUUGCCAACGGGCCACUACAGGCGUGGGCCGUACGUCCGUUUCGACUGGCGAAACCCGAACCAUACGUACAAGGGCACCAACCCUGCGACACACCCGUUCUACCAUCUCAUGGAAGCGUCUGUUGGUAAGGACGUCUUCUACAACGAGUACCUAACAGCGCGCGCAAAGUCGUUUGGGGACAAGUGUGUACCGGAGGAGCUCGUGCACAGCGUGCAGAGGGUCGAGGCAUCGGUGGAGUCGACCAUACGCGUCUUCUUCACGAUCCAGUACUAUCUCAACCAAAUCGGGCUCGAGGUACAGGACGGAUGCAUUAUGCUCGACCAGGCGGGGCGUUCGGUGUGGUCCGAGAUCAACCAGGACUGCAUGCGCAUCAAGCGGCGCGAGGUGACGAACGCGAAAGACGGGGAGGCAUUCGACAAGGACGUCUGGCGGACUGGUGGCAGCUGUGUUGAAGAGAUGAUUGUCGAUAAAUGGACCCAGCUCAACCAGCUCCUCGGCGCGCACCUUGGUGGCCGCCCAUUCCACGAAGGCGAGAUGGUUGCCCCGUACGAGCCAUACGGCCUGCACGCGCGCAAAGUGCUCGCGGACUCGACGCUGACGCUGACGCCACGCUACCGGGCGCUGUACGAGCGCCUUGCUGCACAUGAUCGCUCCCGCCGGCGGGCCGUGUCGACGGACGAGGAUGAGGGCGCAUCGGAGCGUCUGCUGGCGCUCAUGCAGGCCCAUGUCUGGCAGCUUACCGCCGCCGGCCCGCCCCGCGAUUCGCAUCAUGACGAGGAGGCGGGGGCCAUGGUUCAGCUCGCCAACACAUACGCCCGCCGAGUGGGACUGUCGCCAGCGCAAGUGAGGGCAUUCAGCAACGCAGAUGCGGAUGGGGAUGUCGAUGCCGUGCUCGCGCGAGCAGUCACUCCGCCGGGUUCCAUGGCCAUUGGCGUGACGGCGAGCAAGUACAAAGACAAGACAGAUCAUUUCGCCCUCGCCCACCUCGGCAUAAAGCUCAUCCGCCCCGAGGGCCGCUGCCUACGCGUCGACUACAAGAUUGUCGACACGGCAAAGUUCGCAAAGGCGUUCGGCGAGCGUGUCCAUGUGCAUUUCGUAUCUGCCAAGCCAAAGGACAUGCCGGGCCUCCUUGCCCAAGGCACGCUCGACAUGGCCGUGACAUACAGCUCCGUCAUGGACAACUUCCCCACCGUCACCCGCCUCGUCGCUUCCGCACCAGAUACUGACAUCAAGCUCGCACUCAUCCGCCGCCGUGGUCAGCAAAUCAACCCGCGCGCAUGGACUGCCGACAAUCCCGCACGCAUCGCAGCAGAGCAUGUGCGCAUGGUGCGAACAUACCUUGCUAGCAUUGGCGUACCACGGGACACGUACAAGAUUGACCAUGUACUCGGCUCCUCUGAAUCAUACCUAGUCAACGACCCACGUGAGACUUAUCUUCUCUGCGAUGCUAUCGUAUCUACUGGCAGCACGCUCAAAGAGAAUAAUCUUGACGUCUGGCAGGUCGUUAAAAGCAAGGGCGACAUCGUCGUCGGCCUCUACCAGCGACUUUGA